AGCAUUUUCUAGUAUUACUAAAACCCCCGACCAAAAUCGCAGCAAUCGAUGAUUUUCCGGCAAUUCUCCGGGAGAAUUCUCCCGGCGGUUUAUGACUCUUGUAAAAAACUUCGAUUCGAAGCUAACCGUAGUUUCCGAUCUGAUGCGGCGCUCGAAGCCAUAGCUAAUGCGUUGGAAGAGAAAGUACCAAACUUAGUGCUAUACAAUUACCCUUCCUUCUCCGGCGCCUUUUCUGCUCUCUUCGCUCAUCUCUACCACUCUCGCCUCCGUAUUCCCUGUCUCAUCUUACCCUUUUCUUCCGUCGUACCCUUUAGGGUUGAAGAUCUGUGUUUGGAGGGUUUCGAGAGGUGUUAUCUGCUCGAUUUUGUUGUUCCGAAAGACUUUGCUUGCGGGAAAACAGCUUGCGAGAUCAUAUGCUUUGAUCAUCGGAACUCGGCAUUGACAAGGAUUGGCUCGAUAAAGGAAGAGCACAAGAAGAGGCUUGAGAUUAAUGUUGAUACUGAAACGAGUAGCUCAAAGGCUGUGUAUGAGUAUUUCUCCAGUAAACUCACAGAUCAAAGAUCUCCUGAGGUAGAAGCUCUCAGUUUGCUAAGUGUAGACGACAAAGCUCGGAUUGAAUUAGUUCUUGAUUAUAUUGAAGAUAUUGAUCUUCGACGUUGGAGGUUACCAGAUAUUAGAGCAUUCAGCUUCGGUCUUAAGGAUUGGCGCUCAAGGCUCAAUUGUAUCACCAAUCCUUACAUGUACGAACAGUUGCUAAGAAUAAGUUCGGCGGAUCUCAUUGCUUAUGGGAGUUCAUAUUUUUCAUCUCGGCUUACUGAUGCAAAGAAAGUGCUAAAGUUGAGUAGAGCUUGCAAGAUCAGUUUGGGAAGAGGGUUAUAUGGAGAGUGUUUGGGAAUUCGCGCAGACGGUAACAAUCAUCUAAGCGAUGAACUUGGCAAGUUACUUAGUCUACAAAGUUCUGCAGCUGGUCUGAGGCCAAUAGGAGCUGUUACAUUUAUGCAAAGGAACAAUCUGAAAAUGUGCUUGAGAAGUACUGAUGAUAUAACUGAUACAUCUGAAGUUGCCAAGGCUUAUGGAGGAGGUGGAACAUCUAGAUCAAGCUCGUUUAUCAUAAGAAUGGAUGAAUAUAAUCAAUGGAUUUCGAAGAAUCCACCAUGAAAGCACUCCUCUGCGGCCAAUCUAAAGCUCUCUCUGAAAUUACAGUCCAAAGUUGAAGACUACAUAACAAGUUUGGUGAUCAGAAAGAAGAGGGUAGCCUAAACCGGAUUGUAAUUUUGGGUCAGUUUUUUUUGUUAAUAUGAUUUUGGUUUAGUUUGGUCUAGGCACCGCUAUGGUUAAGGCGGUUAGAUCGAACGGCCUAAAAUUCAAGAUGUGUAAUACUUUCGAUCGUGUACUAAUUUUACAAAACAAAUUGUUAUUCGGUCCUCCUACUUCCUAAAUUUUUAAUACUGUACUCUCUA